AUGACGGGCGCACGCAUUGUACUGUGUUUACUUGCAUUCGCAACAGAACGCGUGACAGCUACGAUAACGAUAUGUCCGAACGCCGAAGUCGGACUCCAACCAUGGGACGACUCGAAAACGUGGGGCGGGCCUGUCCCUCAAGAGGGGGAUCAGGUGGUCAUCUCCUCUGGAAUGAAAGUCUUACUGAACGUGUCUCCGUCCCCGCUUGACUCGAUCACCAUCGAAGAAGGAGGCUUUCUGAUCUGGGGUGACUUUGACGACCUCACGCUGACGGUCAGCUACAUCCUGGUGAAGGGCAAUUUUGAGAUCGGAGGUGAAAGUCUCGAGUGCAGAUUCACCAAGAAAGCGAACAUCGUGCUAACAGGUUUGAGUAAUAGCACACUUGAAGUAGAAGGUUAUGGAAGAAAAUUUAUUGGUGUGGCCGAAAAUGGAACCGUUGAAUUUCACGGAGGAAACAAACUGUCUUGGACUAGACUCGUUCAAACUGUGCCUGCCGCUAAAACCACGUGUGGAGUCCUCUACAACCACCAGACGGAGGCCUUUUCAACUGAGUACGUGAAAGGCCUGCACGUGCUAGUGUUCAACCUCGACGGCUCUGUGUUCGACUUCCAGGUCUUCUACACCGCCAGCAGCAAACCCAGCGACGCGUAUAAUAAUUUCAAGUCUUUUCUCACAGGCAUUCCUGUCAACAAAACAGUUGCUGUUUUCGUUCAUCGAAAUUUGGGGAAAGAGUCAUAUCCAGGACGAGACUGGGAGAAAGUGUUUACGGCUGUAGAAGCCGUUGGUGGUUUGAAAACUGGAAGCAGUUUGCUGAGACAGGUUUUGAAAGACGAAGCGUACGCAUUUAUAACGAGAACAGGCGACUCUUCGCUCACAAAGGAAGACAUAGACACGAAACAGACGGACGAACUCUUCCUGGAUGUUCCCGAGACAUCCCUCAGAUUCGUCAUUCAAGAUGGCUUCAGCACGGACAUCUUGGUCCUCACCAAAGAAGUCGUUAAUCCAAAGAUUAAGCUCAUGGAUGACGUCAGCUCAUGGAAAGACGGAGAUGAAAUCGUUGUGACAUCAACCGAUUUUGAGUGGAGACAGACUGAAGUAUUUAAACUCGUUUCUUGUAAAGAAUGUGCAAACAACGAAAAGAGGCUUGAUCAUCCCUUCAAGUAUAUGCAUUACGGGGAGGUAACUCACGGGGUUGACGAGAGGGCCGAGGUGGCACUGCUCACCAGGGACAUUGUGAUUGAGGGAGUUCUAGAGGACACGUGUUACAGCAAUAACCAGAAAGAGGCGCAACUCUGCGACUUCUUUGACAGCGACACAUUUGGAGGACACUUCAAGAUGAUGAGGGGAUUCAAAGCUGCUCAUAUAGAACAAGUUGAAUUUUAUCAUAUGGGACAACAAGCUUUCCUAGGGAGUUACCCAAUUCACUUCCACAUGUGUGAUGACGUUGAUGGCGCCUGGGUGAGGAGCAACAGCAUCCACCACUCCCAGGCCAGGUGUGUCACCAUCCACGGGACAGACGGAUUAGAGGUGAGUGACAACGUCUGUUACAAACACAAAGGUCACGGCUUCUUCCUGGAAGACAGCGCGGAGCAGCGUAACAUCCUCGACGGCAACCUCGGCAUCGGCACCGAGCACGGCACCCACAUCCCGUCUGACAUGAGCAAGGACAUGUGCAGUGACGUCGCCAAACCGUUCUGCGAUUCAAUUGCCACCUUCUGGAUCACGCAUCCUAACAACUACAUCAGAAACAACGUCGCCGCAGGAUCAGACAAAAAUGGUUUUCAGUUUAGUGUUGCCAAGGAGCCCCUCGGCCCCUCGAAACAGCGCCAACUGGAACGCGGCCUGGUAACCAAGGACAGUGCGAUGUACACGAAAAUAACGGAGUUCAAAAACAACGUGGCUCACUCGAAUGUAAAUAAUCAAGCUGGGUAUUCCUUUACUUAA